AUGUCUGCGCAGUACUAUCCCCCUCCCCCAUCGGGAGGCCAAUCUCAGCAGAAUUAUCCUCCGCCUCCGCAAUCGCCGCCGGCGAACCAGACCAAGUUCUCCUACCCUGCUCCUCCCUCGCAACCUCAGCACAACCAUAGUAUGAGCUACCCUCCACCUCAGCCCUCGCCAGGCCAGUCGCAGAACUACCCGCCCCCUCCUCAAGCUCCGCAGACGCAGAAUUACCCUCCCCCUCCUCCCGCCCAGUCAAGCACGCCUCAGAACUACCCGUUCCCUCCUCAGUCUCCGUCCGGACAGACCACGAGCUACCCUCCCCCCCAGCAGGCGUCUCCAAGCCAGGGAAGGACGUAUCCCCCGCCUCCUCAGGCUACUACGUCGCCUGCGCCAGCUCAGCAAUACCCCCCGCCUCCAGGCCUUUCCCAAGGACAGCCUCAACAACAACAUUAUCAACAACAGCAGUACCAGUCGCCUCCUCAGGCGUCACCGCAGCCGUCACCUCAGCACCAGCAAUACCAGGAGACGCACCAACAGGCGCAACUUCCCUUGCGACAACCAGAAACUCCGGAUUCACAGCCUCAGUUCUCUCCUCCGCCUCCCAACUUUGACGGCCCGCCCGAAUCCUCCAGCCUGCCGGAGAAGCAAUAUGUCGAGGAAACACCAAUCGAUACGAGCAACCCGUCCAACCUCGUCGGAGGCGCACCCCCCACGACGCAUUUCAUAGGAGCCACGGCCGCCGUCGAUGACGUCGGCACCUUCAACGGCGGGAGCUACCGCAUCAGUCACAGGGACAGCAACACCAUCCUCACCGUUCAACUGGCCAUGGGAUGCCCGUUGCAGGCGAAGCCAGGUGUCAUGGUGGCCAUGUCGCACUCGAUCACGCUCAGGGGCCAGCUCAAGUUUAGCAUGAAGAAGCUUGUGGCCGGUGCCGAGAUGGCCAGUUCCACCUUUGUCGGGCCCGGCGAGCUUCUCCUGGCCCCGCCCAUGCUCGGCGACAUCACCAGUCUGCGUCUUACGGGCCAGGAGACGUGGUCGGUCGGACAGGACGCGUACCUGGCUUCCACUCAAGGUGUCAUCAAAGACUACAAGCGCCAAGGUCUUAGUAAGGCCAUUUUCAGUGGCGAGGGCCUGUACGUGUACAAAAUUAGCGGCACCGGCCUGCUUUGGCUCACCAGCUUUGGCGCCAUCAUUCGUAAAGACCUCAUGGACGGUGAGAAAUAUGUCGUGGACAACGGCCACUUGGUGGCAUGGAACGUCAAGUACAUCAUGGAGCGAGUCGCCUCUGGAGGUAUCAUCUCGGGCCUUUCCUCGGGCGAGGGUCUGGUUUGCAAGUUCACGGGCCCCGGAACUGUCUUCAUGCAGACAAGGAAUGCGAAACACUUCAGCGCCUAUCUUUCCGGACAGGCAAAUCAGACGGUGUAA